AUGUGUUCCUCAAAUUCAAACAAACAAACCACUCAAGUUGGUUGCUGUUGCAAGCCAGUUGCUCAACCUGUGCCUGCUACCUCUUGUUCCUGUGAACAAGGCAGUUGCACGAAGGCCACCAGGUGCUGUAUUUCCAUCGAGCAAGCUGCCAAUGGCAAGUGCUGUGUGACUAUUAAGUGCAUCUGUGACGAUUGUUCCAAGUGUUGUGCUGACGGCAAGUGCUCCAACGGUGGUAAGUGCUGUGUAUCUUCCAAGUGUACCUGCGACGACUGCUCCAAGUGUUGUACUGACGGCAAGUGCUCCAACGGUGGUAAGUGCUGUGUAUCUUCCAAGUGUACCUGCGACGACUGCUCCAAGUGUUGCACUGACGGCAAGUGUUCCAACGGUGGUAAGUGCUGUGGCAAUAAAUCCUCAUGUAUUUGCGCUGAUUGUUCCUCUAGUUGUCUCGAUGGAAAAUGUCCAAACUGUGGUAAGUCAUGUACCACUGAGACAGGCUGUUGUUGA